AUGGAGCCCGAGCCGCCAAUCCUCUUCAAGGAGACUCGCGUCAAUCUGGAGCCUGCCUCCAACGCGUCCAUCGUCCACAUCAGACUUCCUGCCCCCACCAGGUCAAGAGAUCGCCGCUCCAUUGGGCUCGACAAGUACGGCGAGGAGGAGAGGACAUACCGAUCGAGGAACCUGGCCAGCGCCGCCUCCAUUUACCACAGGAAGCACCACGACUCGCCCCGGAGCUUCCUCUGGCGCGUCCUCGAGGAUGACACCGUUUUGAGCAUCCGCGCCGCCGACGUCUCCAAACAACAGAACGCCCCCGACGCAAACCUCAUCCUCAACCUGCGCUUCCCAAACCCUAUACGAGCUUCGUGCAUCGCCCUUGCCGACGCUGCAGAGCACGACGCGCUCAGCAUUUUCGCACUCGACCACAGCAAUUAUCUCUACACCAUAGUCUUGCGACCCGAUCACUUUCGAAAACGUUCCGCAACAGAAAACGGCAUCGGCGAUGCCUGCAAGACACACCUGUCCGGCGCCUUCAGCUUCAAACACCCACACCGGCUGGUCGCUGUCAGCGCGCAUCAGGUGGUCGUCACAUUCCAUGAUGGAGGUCUGAUCCGGUUUGAUAGGGACCGGACUCAUAAUGCCAACAGUCAAACGUGGAAGGAGACAAACUUCAGUGCCCAAGGCUGGGCUACGAGCUUCCGCAGUCUGCUCCCUCUGCCGUUCCAGGGCGGCCACACGAUCAAGCAUGGCAAGGCCAACAUGGAACUGAGUGCCGCGACUUCGGUAGUAACCGACACUUUGGGUGUUGAAUCCGCCAAAUUCCUCUUCUCAGUCUGUCUCGACCAUCGCUUACGGAUCUGGAACGUCCAGUCAGGCGCGAUUCUGUACACAGCGGACAUGCUAGGCGUGGAACGCAACCCGCAAGAGAUUGGAAAGUGGAUCAUCGAUCCAGGCCGCGAUAAUCUCGUCCGCAUAGUUGGGCAGACUGAAGGUCGACGGACGCUGGUGACCUAUUCUCCGGUUGCCAACGAGUUCAAGUUCUGGAAGGUGGAAACCCAAGAUGAUACAACAAUCUUUGUCCACGACAUGUUUCCGGACCAGCAACUCACGCCCCCAGGGCUCUCAUCAGGGGAUGUGUGGACGCUGGCUGAUUUUGGCGUGGCACAACCUACUGGCCAAGCCUUCCACCUCUGGGUCCUCACCAAGAACAACCUCACUUACCGAGUCCAGAAACUGGAGUUUCGUGCUUCGGACUCGGAAGACGACUGGAGGUCUGGCUGGAUGUCUGUUCAUAUCGAUAACGAGCACCCAAGCGCCGAGUCCUCCAACCCUGGGGAUCCUACCGACGCGACAGAAAAAUGGCUCCAGACCUUGUUCUACCCCGGGCGGUUCUCAAGGGCAACUCUCGAGGCUGCCCUGGCCAUGUACGAGCGGGGGCUCGGGUCCAAAGAAACGACGGCUAGGAAUGGGAAGGGCCUGAUCGAAGCAGUAUGCUCUGUGUUGGGCUCAACAGCGACCCUCGACAGACUCGCAACCGGUGAGAUGGACUUCGACCAGUUCCGGUCCCACAGCCAGGUCUCCUGGCGUCGAUUCUAUCGUCUGGUCCUGGAACUGGACAAGCAGCGGGGCGAAGCACUCUCGCUGGCCCUAGAUCAUAACUCGGGCUUGGCUUGGGUACUAUGUGCCGACGUCGUUGCCGCUGUGCACCCAUGCUCAACCUUAGACCAGAUCUACCACAAGUCCCCAGGCACGAUAGACGUGGAGAAUGAGAACGUGGCAGCACUGGUGUCUGCUGGGCUGGAUCUCGUUGAUAACUUCUCAGACAGUAUCAUGCAGCAAGCCAAUGCCGCCCUGCGGCUAGAGUUGUUUGAUGAAUCAUCAGACACAGACAUGGAGCGAAUACAACGGUUCUUCGACGAGUCAGCGUCAUGGCGAGGGAUCUCCGAGGAGGACGCGGCUCAAGUUGUCGAAAGUCUUGGGAGCGAUUUCAGGAUUGUCACUCAGGAGCUAUACCGACAGCUUGUUGAUCUUUUCGCGACGACCGAGGAUGCUCGCGCUAGAGAUGUUCGACAUCCGCUCACAGAGUUCGGAAGGAAAGUAGUUGUGAAAUCCGUUCAAGAAACAGCAGAACUGCAGUGGCAGGUUUUGUUGAGCCAGCUGCUCCUCCUGGUACACAUGGAGUAUGAGUACGAUGAGGACAAUGAGGAGAGCGCUCUUCACUCAAGAUUGGACAUCGGUUUUGUCUAUCGCCAGCUCAUCGAAGCCCUGAAGCAUCUCGAAUUCCUCAGGUGGCUAGUCAAGACGGAGAUCAGCGUCCCCGUUCUGAAACCAGAACGGUCUAAUGGGUCACCAACGACUACGAAACGGCCAGAUGACAUGCGGACAAUCACUGCUUUCGAGGUGAUCAUCAGCCACCUACUCGGGCUUGUGGACGUCGAUGGUGAGCCUUUGGCAUCGAGCCUGACGGAUGUGGUGAUCGACAUCUGUGCCCCUGACAGCGGCAUCGAGCUGUCGCCUGCGUUAAUACAAUGCUCCCUAUUGAAGGCAGACCGGCCGGACCUGGCGCUGGAACUUAAGAGGUUCUGUGAUCAAGACCCGUUCCCAGUCUAUAUCCAGGGCCGCGUCUUCCUAUUUCUUAAGGACUACACCACAGCUGCCCUCCACUUCAAGAAAGCAGCCGUUGGAAUGAGUGUCCCAAUGAAACAUACGGAACGACACACUGGUGGUCUCCUAGAUGAGACAGAAAAGAAUCUUCUGAACAGCGGCCUCGCCAAUUACUAUUCCCACAUCGUCUCACUAUUUGACCGGCACAAGGCCUUUUCCUACGUCAUCGACUUCGCCCGCCUCUCCUUACAAUUCGCCCAAGCCCCAGAUUCCAAGUCGACAAGGAUAGAAAUGCUCAGCCGCCUUUUCACCGCCUCGACGUCCAUCUCACGGUUCGACAUGGCCCACGCAACCCUGCUGUCCAUGCCAGACCGCGCGCUAAAGCUGUCAUGCCUGAAGAAGCUCGUCGAGCGGAUGUGCGAGACAGCGCAGACGUCGGAGCUGACGGCGCUGCCGUUCUCGGGCAUGCAGGAGGACGUCGACUCGAUCCUGCAGCAGAAGUGCAGGGCGACGACGGACGUGGUCCGCGGGACGCCGUACCACCAGAUCCUGUACGCGUGGCGCAUCACGCACAACGACUACCGCGGCGCCGCGGCGGUGCUCCACGACCGGCUGCAGAAGCUACGCCAGACGGGCGAGGCCGACAGGCUCAACGGCGACGACGUGCUCGACACGGCCGUGACGAGGCAGUUCCUCCUGCUGAUCAAUGCGCUCAGUUGCGUCGACCCCAAGCAAGCCUGGAUUACCGUCGAGGAGGCCCCGGCGGCCAACGGGGAUGCCAGAGCUGACCACGACGGCGCCGCCGCCAAGCCGAGAAGGAAGGUGGUCACUCUUGCCGACCUCAGGAGGCAGUACCAGGCUGAGCUGGACCGGAUCGCGGCGAUACAGAAUAACCAGUUUGGGUUCACGGCGGAGGACGAUGAUGAUGUGAUGGUCAUUGACCCGUGA